AUGUCAGAUUCCAACACAACCAAUUUCACCAACCCCUCCACCUUCAUCCUGCUCAGCAUUCCAGGCCUGGAGAGAGCCCGUGUCUGGAUCUCCAUCCCCUUCUGCACCAUGUAUAUCAUAGCCAUCUUGGGGAACUUCACCACCCUGUUACUCGUGCAGAGGGAGCCGAGCCUCCAUGAGCCCAUGUACUAUUUCCUCUGCAUGCUGGCUGUCACCAACCUGGUCCUGUCUACAUCCAUCCUGCCCAAAACACUCAGCAUCUUCUGGUUCUAUUCCAGGGAGAUCGAUUUCAGUGCCUGCCUCAACCAGAUGUACUUCAUUCACUGCUUCUCAGCGAUGGAAUCUGGGAUCUUUGUGGCCAUGGCUUUUGAUCGCUAUGUGGCCAUCUGCAAUCCCCUGAGACAUUCUACCACUCUCACAAACCCUGUGGUGGCCAAGAUUGGCCUGGCUGUGGUGUUGCUAGGUGGCAUGCUCAUAUUGCCCUAUCUCUUCCUUGCGAGGCAAUGGCCAUAUUGCAGAACCAACAUUAUCCCCCACAUGCACUAUGAGCACAUGGCCGUGGAGAAGUUGUCAGGCUAG